GUUCUGUUGGUCGGCUGCCCUCAGACUCUCCCACCCGUCCCAGUCGCCUUUUCCCUGCUCUUCCCAUCACCUGACCUUCCCCGCCCACCUGCUCACCUGUUCUCCAUUUCCUUCGUUAGUCUCGCAGUAUUUAUAGCAGCUCAUCUCCACCUGCCAGAUUGUCUUUGGGUGAUGCAGACAGAUAACAGAUUCAGCUCGAGAGUGCCACUGGUUUAGAUCUGAUUCACCAUCUGGUUAAAAAGGUCUCAACAGCACAACUGCAUAGUUUUCUUUAGUGUCCUAACGGGCCGUGAGCGACGCAUCUUCACUACACAAACCUAUAUAAGGUGGCAGCGGGGGGGCGGCUCGUUAGGGACUCCUUUAAACCAGCCACUGACGACCUUUGAGGUCCAGGGACGAUGGAGGCGGUCUCGAAGCCGAAACCAGGUCUUCAGUUUGGAGCAGCUCAUUCUUACGUGAGUCUGGAGAAACUGGGCGAAGGAGCGUACGCCUCCGUCUACAAAGGAAUCAGCAGGAUAAACGGGCAGCUGGUGGCGCUGAAGGUGAUUCGCAUGAAGACGGAGGAGGGCGUCCCGUUCACCGCCAUCAGAGAAGCCUCUUUGCUCAAAGGUCUGAAACACGCCAACAUCGUCGUCCUCCACGACAUCAUCCACACCAGAGAGUCUCUCACCUUCGUCUUUGAAUACGUGCAGACGGACCUGGCCCAGUACCUGACCCAGCACCCCGGAGGACUGCACUCGCACAACAUCCGGAUCUUCAUGUUCCAGCUGCUGCGAGCUCUCUGCUACAUCCACAGCCGGAGGAUCCUCCACAGAGACCUGAAGCCUCAGAACCUGCUCAUCAGCUACCUCGGAGAACUCAAGAUGGCCGACUUUGGUCUGGCUCGGUCCAAGUCCAUCCCCAGUCAGACCUUCUCCUCUGAGGUGGUGACGCUGUGGUACCGCCCCCCCGACGUCCUGCUGGGAUCCACAGAUUACUCCACGGCUCUGGACAUCUGGGGAGCUGGGUGUAUCUUCAUAGAGAUGCUGCAGGGGGCGCCGGCGUUCCCCGGAGUCACCGAUGUGUUUGAACAACUGCAGAAGAUCUGGACGGUCCUGGGCGUCCCCUCUGAGGACAGCUGGCCUGGAGUCAGCCGGCUGCCCAACUAUAAACCAGAGUCGUUAGUUCACUCCGAGCCGAAGCAGUUUAGGACCGUUUGGAAAAGGUUGAACCAGCUGCCCUAUAAGACCGAGGACCUGGUCCAGAGGAUGUUGAAGGGGGUCCCGACAGACCGGAUUUCGGCGCAGGACUCCCUGCAGCACCCGUACUUCAGCACGCUGCCUCCUCCCAUCAUGCACCUCCGAGACACGGUGUCCAUCUUUAAGGUUCCCGGCGUGCGUCUGGAGACGGAGGUCAGAGACGUCUUCAACCCCGGACGGAGGGUCAAACCCUCCCUGCUGCCCAGCGCCAAGUGCUGGUGAACAAACCCCCGACCCCACCGCCACCAAAACCUGCUAGCAUGAAGCUAAAGCAUGAAGCUAAUGUGUCAAGUGUCACAUUAAAGCCUUUGUUUAGAGAAUCCUGUGUAAAUCUGAUUUAAUCUCCGCAUUAGUUGAUUAAAAUGUUCCCUUCGUGAUGUUUCGUCCUUCAGGACGUCUGAACAGCGCUCCUGUUAGCAUUCGUUAGCAUUCGUUAGCAGUGUUACAGCAGAUUCGUCAGGAUUUAUUCAUGUGUUUUGGCUGACAAAGUCCCCUGAAACUGUUCAUGAAUAAUGAGUGAAUCUGUCUUUGUUCUGCAGCUCCCUGUUGACUGACUGACAAAUAAAAAGAUGACUCUU